AUGGCUGAACAUGAAGGUUCAUGGCAUGGCUCACCACCUGGACAUCGACAAAUAGGCAACAGAAGCCAUAAAGAGUCGACUGGAUCGAGGAGGUCUUUGUUCCGUGGAAAGAAGGGAAAGAGGCUGAGCGAGACGCCCAUGAUUAACGUCGAUGAAUAUGAAGGGGACGCCAACGAGAGGCGAUCAUCAAUCUUGCGAAAGAGCAAAAGGUUCAACAGCCAAGCUGAGGAUGCUGGUCCAAGCCUAAUAAGCCGUAUUUCCAGCCCAUUCGAUUUUCAGCACCUCUCCCACACCGAUCGGCAUCAAAUUGCUGCUCUCGAAAAGCAACUCCCUGAUACACCAACCGAUAGCCUCCAUUUUAGGAACUUUUCUUCUGAGAACCUUGCAACUGGAGAGGAUAGAUCCUCAUCUGCCCUUGGCUUUAGGUCACCGCCCCGCAGUCCAGAAGCACGCCACGAGUCGGAAAAUGCAUCCCAAUUUCCAACGUCGCGACGACCACUUCGCCUAGCCCGGUCCAUAGAGAGUUUCUCCCAGCCUGGUGUUAGCCCUCGUAAACAUACUCACACAUCUUCCUCGGUACAGGCGCCUCUUCAGUCACCCCAUCUUCCUCUUGGACCUCCUUUUGGUACACCUGAGCUCGCAUACGAAGAAUCAGGAUCAAUCCCACGUAGAUCGUCUCGAUCGAAGCGAGAGUCGGGCAUCUGGGACUCGUUUGCGUUAUCGGCUGUCUCCACACCGGAUAUAAUACCUGAGAUACUGGAGGACUCGUCGUAUUUCGGCCAUGCAGUAACAACGCCUGAUGACUCAGCUAUUCACGCAACCACACCGCCAUCGUUUAGCCCUAGUCUCGCAGAUGUCGCUGAGGAACCGGAAAGGUUUGUCAGCCCAAGACCUGCACCACAGCCGCCGCUGAAGACCCCAACUUCGCCAAGAUCGCCCUAUUUUGGAUCGUUCUCCUUCCAGAGCCCUCGAUCACCGGUCACCUCCAGAGCACACGGUCGGGGUCAAUCUCCUGCCUCGCCGAGGGCAGCGCCGUCUGUCUCGCGGCCCUCAUCACAGAUGUCAGAUACACUGGGUUCGGGUAGUAUCCCAAGGAGAAUGUCCAUUCGGAGGCCUACUCAUCGUCGCCAGUCGAACACAUGGCGCGCAAUAGAGGAGUCAUGGGAAGAAGACGUUGACUAUAUCUACGACAACGCACUCGAAGCUGACUGUGAUUUUGAGUGGGAUCGUGCAUCUGAUGACGGUGUACGCUGUUGCGAAACACCUUCUGCUGAGCAAGCGAACAAUGACAGUUCGAGAAUCACGUCCGCUGAUCGAGAGCGCUUCGCUUCUGACAAUUUCCGCUCGUCGUUACUUGUUCCUAGCACAGGGAGUGUACCAGAGCUUGUCCCAGCUUCUGCAAUAUCCACAUCUACCAUGGGUACUGGUCUACCACCAACACCAUCAGGAUUCUUCAAUGCCAACCGCUUUAGUGGAGAUACUGGCUUCAUACUCAGCCCCUCUCUCCUCGUCCCUCAAGAGUACAAAGAUAAUAGAGAAGUCACCUACGAGGAUCUGCUUGACGAGUACGCUGGUUCCGAUCGGCACUUUCCAAUGCUUGACGCGAGCCAAAGCGCGACUAGCUCGGCUCGUAGUAGUCGUGUCCGACUUAGCAGACGAAGCUCCUACGAUAGUAGCCUUAUGUCCUCCGUCCAGGGCUCUGGUCUCUGGAGCUCCCCUGUACGGCGUUCGGCGAGUUCUGCAGGAAGUGUGCCAGAGCUGAUUCCUUCUCGUCGUAGCCGAAAAUCACUUGGCUACAGUCUAGCAGGUGAUCAACUAUCUGAGCAGAUUGCGUUUCUUAACCAGGACAAGGAAGACGAUGAUGUUACGCCGCCAGGGCGCACUCUGGAAGGGCGAACAUUCUUCGCUUCAGACGACGAAGUGCCACAAGAUGAGGAGCAAUCUCGCAGCUCUAUUGAGACUGAGCUCAGGGCUUCCCUUGAUCUGGCUCGACGUGGCUCUCAACGUACGAAUCAUCCCACUGUCGAAGAAGAGCUCAAAUCAUCCCUCAAUCUUGCGCGUCAAGGGUCGCAGCGCUCUGCUCGUACUUCAGCACGUCAACACAAGCAAGCUUUGUCUGACGGUGCCGCCAAACUACUUUCUGUCUCUGUCCCAAACGAGGAUCAAUCGGCCAAGCUACGCAAUCGCUCAGCGACCACAGCACAGGCACGCUCCCCUAUGCUAAGCCUCUUCCCAGCACCACCACGCAACACAUCCACCACUUCGCAAAUGUAA